AUGGAACAAAAAAAGGGUAGGAUUAACUGGAACCUAGAGGGUGUUGAGAAAACGUUUCUUGAAACAUGUCUUCAAGAAAUCACACUUCGUGGACAUGAAGGAAGCAGUCUUAAACAAUACUCAUGGAAGAAUGUAGCUAAAAAGUUAAAAGUAGAACACAAUUUCAUAGCGGAUCAAAAACAAAUGAAGAACCGAUAUGACUAUGCAAAAUCAAAAUUUGCAGCCUGGUUAAAACUUAAAAGCAAAACCGGCAAUGUUUAUGAUCCUAUAACAAACACAUUUAACUUAUCAGAAGAAGAAUGGCAAACUGAGAUCAAGGGGUCUACAUCGAAUGGUUUUGACAGUUGGGGGCCAUCUUCUACACUUCCUCACCCUAAUGAGGAAGUGUGCGAGUGGAAUUUAAAUGGUAUUAAGGAUGUCGAGUGCACUCAGGUGGAGCCCCCGACUCAAGGCGUUAGUGAAAUUGUACACGUGUUUGAUAUAUGUUGA